AUGGCCAUGCAAUAUUCGCCCCAGACUUACUUCCCCUAUCCCCAGCCUCAGUGGCCUGAGGACGUCAAGCCCCCUCUCACCGAAGACGAUUCCUCCUCGAUCCUCGACGACAAGGUCUUUGAAUCCUCCACCCCCGCCGAUAUGACAGCUGCCGAUGCCUCCGACCAUCGACGUGCUUCAAUCACAAAGUUGGAGGAUGAUUACCCUGCAUCAGCCCAUGUCUGGCAGGAGAGGCCCCAGGGGGUCAUCGGCCCCGUCCGCCAUUACUCGCAACCCUCGAUCCCAAUGGCAACCCCAAACGGCCAAUUCUUCAGUCAGAUGAACGCUGCAAACUGCGGUCCUGGAUUUAUGCCAAACCAACCGUGGACUAUGUCUGGGCGGUCCGAAGCGAGCACUCCCACCCCCUUCUUCGGCCCGGUGCAAGAGCCUUUCGAGCAGCAGGUUCAAUACAGCGGGGGCCCGGUCACCUUUUCGGGUUUCUCGCAACAAGACCCUGCCUCUGCCGUGUCCAUGUCGCCGCAGUCGAGUCAAGGCGGAUGGGCUUCGACUACUUCGUCAGAUGCUGCCGAGACGAAUCGCAGCAUUCUGAGACACAGAUACAGACCUGCGUCCCCGUUGCUGGUACUGAGAUCCGAUGGAAUCAGGAAGAAGAACGCCAAAUUCGAAAUCCCUCCAGAACGAAAUAUCAACACCAUCGACGCCCUGAUCAAUCAGGCCACAAAUGAGGACGAGAAGAAGGAGCUCAAACAGCAGAAACGUUUGCUACGGAAUCGCCAAGCAGCACUCGAUUCUCGUAUGCGCAAGAAGCAAAAUGCCGAGAAAUUGGAGGCAGACAAGAAGCUUUUAAUCGAUCAGAAGAACGCACUUGAGGAAGCCCUCGGUCAAUACGAGAACCAACUCCACCAACUCCACAGUGAAAGACGGGACUGGAUACUUGAACGUCAGCGGCUCGAGAAGUGCAUUGCCGAUCUAGAGUAUCAGAAUGAGGAGCUCAUUCGGACCUCGACUCGGGAGACCGGCGAGCUUCGACGGAUGAACACUAUAUUGAGGGAAACCGUUGGCGAGCUUGAACGGAAUCAACAUUCUCGUGCCUUCUCCGCUAACGCCUCGGAUGCCUUCUCCAAUGACUUUUCAAAUUUCAAGGAUCUCGGUCUGGAGGACCAGUGGAACGAUGAAUUCGCCCUGAUCAACAGCGAAGACUUGAAGAUGGAAGAACCGGAGUCACUACAGAGACAAGCCACUCCAAGACCUACCACUUCCUCAACACAACCAAACACUUCCACGAAGUGUGGUGUCAAGGUCGAUGCUACUUUUAGCUGGGAGACGUUUUACAUGUGCUUGUUAUCUGGCGCCUUUAUCAUGUCCCAAGCGGGUUCGAGAGCAGCUAGUGCCGCAUCUUCUGUUGCGGUUGUCGCACCCAGCAUGCCCACCCUAUCCGACGAAUAUCGUGCUGAGGCUGGCAACGUUCUCCAGGCGGUUCUUGCUUCCGGCCCAGAUGUACCACAUGAGGUCCUUCCUAGCCGGCCUGCACAGUCGUUAGACAGCAACAGCUUCCCCCACGCACUUUCCCAUGUGUCUGGGAUGACCCCUCAGUCCUCCGACACUCCACUCGGUAAUCUCCACGCGUCUCUCACCACACCGUCUCGACAACAACAAGCUGCUGCCGCAUUCUCCCUUUCUGCUGCCUCCUACAAUCACAUCAGUAGCCCUGACUGCGCUUUCGACGAUGACGACGACGAGGUGGUCGAAGUGAAACCAACUCGACUGCAACAAUUGUUUGCAGAUAUGCAAGCUGAAAGGGACGGACUCGAGAAAAUGAGCGGCUUAGGCGGAAAAGCCCGAGAACGGAGCGUGCUCCUCGACCGAGUCCCGGAGAAGGUCCUACGAGAUUUCCGAGAAAUGAUUGCCAGAGUCGAGUAA